AUGACCAUUUUUGUGGCGGACGAUAUCCUCGUGGAGACGUGGAAUCAAUUUGCAGAAUUAGACGAAGAAUUGCCUCGAGAUCUUCGUCUUCAGCAGCUCGUCUGGUUUGACAACAGCGUGUGGAUUGUGGAGUAUCCUCUCUCAAUUCCCCACGAAGUAGCGAACUCCUGCAUCUCGCAGAAAUUCAUCCUUCUGGAAGGAGGCAUCACCUUUGGGCACGUAGCUCAAACGGGUCCUGGACCCAACGAGCAACAAGUCACGUACGCACCAGAUUAUUCUUUCGGACCCUUUCCUACGCUGCCAGGGAUCCAAGUACCUGAAGGGGUUCGCCACGGGUGGGUGACGCUGAUUGUCGAAGUCAUGUACAUGCAGCAAUGGCAAACGGUGUACCCGAAGGUGGCCAUGUACCGGCAACUCCCUGGGAUUCAGUAUAUCUUCUGCCUGAAGCUGUCGGCUCGACUGAAUCUCUGUUCGUACGAGCUCUACGAAGUGGGAAACAACGAUUCUACCUUUCCCAACCCCGCGAUUCGUGUCUCGUUCGACAUUAGAACCGUCCAGCCCAACCACCCGUUCGUCGUCCAGUUCGACUCGCGACGCGUUUUGGCACUGCCUGCAGACGGAGAGCUGCCCCCGGGCUGGCAAGACAAAAUUACGCUUGAUGUCGUUGCGUUAGCCCAUCGUGUGCGGGAGGCAGACAGCAGCUUUGUACGUUGA